AUGUCUAAUGCGAUAUGUCAAAGUUUGCGGUCACCAAUAAAACGCUUGGCGAACCUGCGCCGAGCUUACCCUAUAUCUACUUCCCUUGUACACAACGAGACUAUACUAGUUAAAAAUAACGACGAAUUUGUCAAUAAGAUAUUUUACGGAUAUUGUCACUCCAUACUGGCAGAAGAGCUCUCUAUAUUAGGUACUGUUGUCCAGACGCGUUCGCCAUUCCAAAUCUUACCCCAACGGUCAUCAGUUAGCCGGGGUUGCGAGGUAAUGAACAGCGAUAAGCCUGUGAUAGUGAAUUUCCACGCGGACUGGUGUGAGCCCUGCAAAAUCCUGACUCCGAAACUGAAGGAGCUGAUUGAGCCGCUCAACAAUUUGGACCUGGCUGUCGUCGACGUAGAGGAUAAUGCCGACCUGGUGCAUACGUUCGAGGUAAAAGCGGUGCCGGCAGUAAUAGCAAUUAAAAACGGGAUCAUAGUGGACAAAUUCAUCGGUUUAGUCGACGCGGAUAUGAUCACGGGACUCAUAGACAGAAUGGCCGGUAAGAAAAAGGAGAGCGCGUAG